GAAAAAAGAAAAAAACAUUGCUCUCUCUCGUAGCAGCAAAACAACUCAAUAAUACUUCUCCGAACUCUCAGAUCUCCGCACUCCCUUCAAACAUUAUUCGUAAUCGAACAUUGUUUCUCCGACAAUCGCAUUAAUUAUAUUACUUAAACGCCAAUAUAAGAAUGGCCUGCAGAAAGGGGGAGUUAAGGGAGGAAGGGAAGAACAGAAGCAACGGUGCGGCGGCGGCGGCGGCGGCCGCCGCCUCGUCGCUUUCAAUCGGCGAUGCCUUGUUAAUCACCACGAUGUGCAUUGUUGGGAUGCCCGUGGAUGUACACGCUGUAGAUGGCUCCGUUUAUUCUGGAAUCUUCCACACCGCAUCCGUCGACGAGGACUAUGCUGUUGUUUUGAAGAAAGCGAGGAUGAUUAGGAAGGGAAACCUAGACGCAAAUGUAGUGAAUGGAGCUCUUAUAGAGACGCUUGUAGUUCCGUCGGAAGAUCUUGUCCAAGUUGUUGCUAAGGGAGUUCUGCUUCCUUCUAAUGGAGUUACGAGCAACAUAGGUGGAGAUGGCAUCGAAGCUGCUGCAGGUUAUAUUGAAUCUCUGGAUAGGGAUUCAGCAUUCGUAAAAUCUAACGGGGCCAAAGCGAACAAAAAGCAAAAACGUCAAUCGAGGUUUUCAGGCAAAAGAGAGAAAGUUUUACCGUUCAGUGAUAAGACAGAAAAUCUAUUGGACAGUUCUCCGGAAGAUCGUAUUGAGAGAGUUGAUACAGUGAUUUCUGUAAAGAGAAAUGAAGCACAUAAUGGUGCUGCUGAAGGAAGACAAACUGGCAAUGAAUCGCAAGAAAUGCAGAGCCCCUCCAACAACAACAGCAAUGCUGAGGUUCAUGGCUCGAGUCGAAGCAAGGAUACCGUUCCACAAGAACCACAAGGAGUAAUUGAGGAGCAGGGUCAAAACGGUCAUACUUCAGACGAGACACCAAAUGCAUCUGUUGCUUCACAAGUUCCCGUUACCGAUGUUAAAUCAGAUUCAAGGCUCAGAGCAUCAUCGAAUCCCUUUCUAUUUGCACCUCCAAAAAAUCCAAGUGUUAAGAAAACCAUCAAGGAAUCGAAGCUCAAUCCCGGAGCCAAAGUGUUUUCUCCGUCAGUACUCCACCACAGAGCGGCGGUCUCUCCUCCUGCAGUGGCAAACGGAGCAAGUGUUUCUUACAUGCCAAGCAACUACACGAUGACGACAGUGGCUACUGCACGAGAAGAAGUUGAUGCAAAUUCUAUUGCCUUUUCGUCUGUGCCCGUUAAGUUAGUUCCAUACAAUAAUAUGUCCUUUGAGCAUGGUGUAACCGAUUCGCAAUAUGGCCAACCCAUUAUUGGACAAGUGAUGAACAGGACGCAACCCGUUAGAUAUACCGGCCAGUAUCAGAAUUAUCAAACAGCGCCUUCUUAUGUUCAUCCAAAUCCACAUAACGCCAUGUUUGGACGAGUAGGGCCUCUUCUUUGCAUGCAUCCUAUUUCUAAUGAUGUUGCACAGAGUGUAGCAGGGUUUUCUCCAGCUAAUACACGGCCUCUGUUAACUCCACAUCCGGUUCAUUUCACCAAACACCAAGGAAAUAAUCCAGCGCAGGCACUGCAAAUGUGCAUGAAUCCCCCAAUUAUAGGAAACGGAGCUCAGUCAUAUGUAAUGACAAGUUCAAUUCCAAUGCCACAGCCUAUGUUCCCCGUUUUACGACCUAUUGCAGUUCCAGGUUCAAAUGGAUUCUUGAAUACCAAGUUCGCUUGAAUUUCGUGGCUACUAUAUAAGUGGCCGGCCGACACACCUUUCAGAUUUUAUCAUUCUUCUCCUUCGAAAAUUUUGGCAUAUAUAUAGUUUGUUUCUUCACUUUCAGUCAAUACAAAUUCUUUUCUUUUUUCUUUUUUUUUUUUCUUUCCGGGGGGGUACGUCACUGUUCUUUAGAAACGAGGCGUUUGAACAUUGUAACAUGAGGAUUUUUUUUUAUUAUUUACUUCUUUUUUCCUAGAGGCAUGGAGAGGUUCUUUAGAUAUUAGGUGGUUUUUUCAGUUAUUCUCUGGUUGUAGACUGAGACUACAUAUUGCGAUUUGAUUUUAAUGAAUUGAUUGUCUUGUUAAU